AUGCAUGCAACAACGCCUUUAUGCCUUUUAUUGUUGUGGCUUUCGCCGCAAAGCGCCGCUUCCGAGUACACGGAGUGGUGCCGCGCGGCGCCCGAACAUGGGAAAGCUGAAUUUGCAAUUUGUGCGCGCCGCGGCGCGGGAACUGCGAGUUACACUCUGGAAAUUGUGCCCGCCUAUGGCCCGGGAGUGGACUUAGCAAUCACCGUGGAGUCCGUCGAUGUGGGGGACCCCGAAGAAGUCCAGGCAGUCCUGGCGGGCAGCCAGCCCUGGCGCUGCCAACGCCUGGUGGUCUGGAAGGACUUUCGCUACUGGCUGUUUGACUGCGUGCAGACUUUGACGAGCAAGCGCCGGGAGGCGACGUUCACCAUGUCGGGGAACAAGAUGUACGAGGCCACCGUGCAGACGGGCAACGACGAGCACGCAGGAACUGUUGGCCCAAUUGAACUCACAAUGAGCGGCAGCUACCGCCAAGCCAGCCCCAAGUUGCUGCUGCUGGGGGUCAAGCCCGGGGCGGAGGAAAGAGUGGCUUUUCGCGCUGCAGACGUGGGCGAGCUGGAGUCGGUGCUGCUGCACAACGGCGCAGAAGAAGACCCGUGGUUCUGCGAAAGCCUGCGGAUAGCAACAGAGGGGGGCAGCGUUGCUGCGUUUGCGGUGAAGAGGUGGAUCGGAAGUCCUUUUGCAGAUUCUGUGAAAGUGAGUCUGCGGCCUUCAGAAGACUCGGACUCAGCGCCUCAAGACGUGGAGUGCCACACGCGGGGCAGCGACUUAGUGAGCCUGUACGCGCAGCAGCAGCAGCAACAGCAGCAGCAGCAGCAGCAGCAGCAGCAGCAGCAGCUGCAGCAGCAGCAGCGUAGCAGCAGCAGCUGCAGCAGCAGCAGCAGCAGAUAUAGUGCUUUCUCACGUCUCUUGAUUCUUCUUUCCAGGGGGGGUGCUGGUGGUGUCAGUGGUCGGGCCGCUGCCUGA